CUUUUCGCCGGGUGUUGUCCGUCCCCCCUGGCUCUCUCUCUCUCUCUCACACACACACACACACACACACACGGCUGCUUCCAUCUAUCCACGCUGUUCACUUCAUUGUACUGACGGAGCGCAUCAAUUAGGCGAGAAUUGGGCUGUUUCAGGUGCGAUAACUCUCCUCCCGCACUCCCGUAAGAGGAUUACGAGCCGCGGACUGAGGCGCGGAGAAGUUUCUGAGUGCGGCGAAGCGGAGGGGGAACGAAUCACAGCCAUGCCCUCGGUGAUGGAGCGCUCGGGGUCCGGGGUCCUGUCCAGGAGCCGAGCCAAGACCGUUUCCAACGGCAACAGCCAACCCCACUCCGAAGAGGAGAGCAGCGACGAGGACCACGCUCAUGACAGCAUGAUCAGAGUCGGAGGAGAUUACCAGGCUCCGAUACCGGAGUUCAAACCAGACAGUCCAAGCCGCUAUAAUGAGAAGGACCAUAGGAGCAUGUUGGUCUGGUGUCCCAACAGCCAACUCUCUGAUGCAAUGUUGGACGAGUACAUCCUGAUGGCUAAAGAGAAGCAUGGAUACAACAUGGAGCAGGCUCUGGGCAUGUUAUUAUGGCACAAACAUGACGUGGAGCGCUCCCUUGCUGACCUGGCGAACUUCACCCCCUUCCCAGACGAGUGGACCGUGGAGGACAAAGUGCUGUUUGAGCAGGCCUUCAGCUUCCACGGCAAGAGCUUCCACCGCAUCCAGCAGAUGCUUCCUGACAAGCUGAUCUCCAGCCUUGUGAAGUACUACUACAGCUGGAAGAAGACCAGGACUAGGACCUCCGUCAUGGACCGUCAGGCGAGGAGGCUGAUCAGCAAGAGAGAGAAAGAAGAUAGUAAUGAUGAGGUUGAGGAAGCAGAUCCUGGCAGCGACAGUGACUUUGAGAUUGACACCAAGAAAGAGGCAGUGAAACCAAACCCCAACAACGCCAACUCGGACAAGGCGCUCCUAAGUCGCUCCGGGCCCGUGAAGAAGGAAAGCCUCGGGGCUCAGUACCGCCACCACCCGCUCAGAGCCCGCCGCCGGCCCCCCAAAGGCAUGUACCUGCAGCAGGGAGAUAUCAUGUCGGUCUCAGCCUCUCACGAUGCCGGGGUGGUAACUAUCCGACAGCUGGACACACAGUUGGUGUCGCUCAAGAGACAGGUCCAGUCUAUUAAACAGAACAACAGUAGUUUAAAGCAGAGUUUAACUGAAGGUGUUGACACUUUAAAACCUGCUGAGCCUGUCCCUAAGAUGAACUCUCGUUGGACCACAGAGGAGCAGCUACUGGCUGUGCAGGCUAUCCGUCGCUAUGGCAAAGACUUUGCCGCCAUCGCUGAGGUGAUCGGGACCAAGACACCGGCUCAGGUGAGUUCGUUCUUCGUGAGCUAUCGGCGCAGGUUCAACCUGGAUGAGGUUCUGAGGGAGUGGGCGGCCGAGCAGGUGGCCACCAGCCGAGACCAGAGGGACCCACGGAGGAGCGGCGAGGACACAGCAGCAGCAACAGAAGGAGCUGCUGAGGAGGACAAGGUGAUACAUGAAGGGCACGUUGAGCUCUUCAAUCGGGUCAAGAUGGAGGACUCUCCCUCAGACAUUACUGGCGGCUCCUCCUCUCCGUCCUCCGCCCAGAUCACUUCCUCCCUCUCCCAGCCCCCGCCACUGCUGCGCCCCGCGCCUCCCUCGGCUCCCCCCAGCCUCCUCCGUCAGCCCCCUCCUCUGCAGACACGUCCGCUCCAGAACCGAGCGCCCCACAACCACCCUCCGCCUCCUCUCAUCCGGCCUGCAGUGACCACCUCGUCCUCCUCCGGUGGGAGCUCCAGCCUGAGGGCUUCUCCUCCCAGCUCCUCCUCCGCUGCAGGGCAGAUGCCCCCGUCGCUGGUCGGGCUCAAAGUAGAGCAGCCCAACUCUCAUUGAUAUGUAUAUGUAUAUACAUACACAUUACUCUAGGAAUACAAACACACACAAUGCUUUCUCUCAAGAGUUCCGUUACUAGUCAAGGUUCAUAACACCAUUACAAAUCACCACAUGAUCCAUCAGACAUGCUCAUGUCCCCAAAGGGACAUCACAACUCUUCAAAUGCAGUAAGAGUGUAAGGACCCCGAGGUCCACUUAGAAAGGCAGUGAGCUGAAGCCCCUCUACUGUACUAACAAAUACCUACCUCCACAUUGUGCACACACAGCCCUUAAAACACUUCUGAACACAACGUGAGAUCAGAUUGUCGAGCUGUUAAAAGAAAACCAUGACUGCAGAGGGCCAAACCCACCUGCUGGUUCCCAUGGCAACUGCUGAACAUCUGGAUUGCAGAGACGCAAAUAUACACUAGGUUCACCUGGGCAGGGAUCAUGUCAUGCAAACAACCUUCAGGAAACUCAAAGAAAAAACGAGUUCCCACGAUAGCCAAGCCUGCUCCUCCCAAUGUGGACGAGUCCAAGUGACGGGUCUUUUCUUGCUUUAAAACGUGGACCCUCGUAGGAGUGAAAAGGGAACUUUAACAAACAAAUAAAACCACCGUAGACUCAAAGCCGUGCCGAGUUUACGACGCAGCUUUUAAUGGUUGAAGCUGUUUGAACAGAAGCUCUCAUAGCCAUGUAUGACUAGUACUAGCUGGAGGAAUGUUCCCUUUUUUGACUAGACUUUAAAAGUGGGCCCUAGGCAGCCAGUUAGUUAUUGUAAGUAGUUUAGAUAGUGCAUACUUUAUUAUUGACUGAGGAGAAUGAGCAGUUUACGUCAUUUACCGCUAACAUUUCAGUAGUCGGCCUCUGUGGAAAAUGCAUAGAGAAUCUUUUGAGCAGGUUCACAAAGGGAAGGGGAUGCCUCACCUUGCAGAUGGUCUUGCUUCAAAAAAUAAAAUGUCCUGCCAAAGUAUUGCUUCAAAAGCUUGUCCACAGAAUCACUGUCUCCAAGGAGUGUCUGGGAAGUUGUUGCUUCCCACAUGUUACAUACAGGAGAAAUAGAAAAACAUAAAUGGUGUUUAAAGAAAUGAUUUUUGGGAAA